AUGGUGCAACCACAAGAAGUUGAUGUUAUCGUCGCGGGGGGCGGGCCUGGGGGCUGUGUCGUCGCUGGCCGUCUCGCGGUUGCUGAUCCCUCCCUCAAAGUCAUGCUCAUCGAAGGGGGUGCUAACAACAGAGACGAUCCCUGGGUAAGCUCGAGUGGCCGAUCUGCGGCGCAGGAUUCUGAAUAUCUUGUGUUCAAGUCUACCGGUCCGUCACCGGGCAUCUACGUCCGCAACAUGCAGCGCAACGGCAUAAACGACAAGGCCACGUUCUACAUCGACACGAAGGCCUCGUCAUAUCUCCGCGGAAGACAGAGCAUUGUCCCGCGGAGGGAGCAGGUGAGAAUGCCAUUCUUCGAUGAGCCCCGCAGAGAUAACCCGAACCCCCGUAGUGUUAAUUUCCAGAUUUACACAAGGGCAUCCGCCUCCGAUUGGGGUGAUUUCUGCUCGUUUAGCUCAGCGUUCUUCGAAGUUGACGGGUUUCAGAUGACUUCAAAUCCGAGGGAUGGACUGCAAAAGAUCUACUGCCUUUGAUGAAACAGGUAUUGGCAGUUAUGACGUAGCAAGCAGCUUGGUACACAGCCUGUCACGUGUCUAAUCUCGGAUCAUGUGAUUCUACUUAAAUACUAUUUUUGUUGUGUUGCAUCCUUA